UUUUAUAGCUAGUAUGAAUCCCAAAAGCUAUUUGAACAAUAAAAAAAUUCCUAAAAUUCUUGCCGAAGCUAAAGGCAAACCUUUUCGAGGCUCAGAACAAGCAGACAUGUAUCAUUCAAAUGGAGCGGAGGAGAAAUAUCAUCAAGCAAAUGAUAUUUCUAAAGAAAGAGAAAUUGAACAAUUUAUGAAUGACUCAAUACAGCAAAGCCUGAAGAAAGCAUACUCCAAGUAUAUCAAGAAAGGCUGUCUUGGAAAAAUGAUUGUUUGAUUUGUUUGAGGUCUCAAAAGUUACUUGACCAUGGAUGAAGAAAAUGUCAGUACCAAGAUACAAGAGUUAUAUGCAUGAGUCACUUUUUUCAUCCUUUCUUUUACUGUAUUGGCCGUAUGCAGUCGUAAAGCCUUCUAUUUAGUUUACUUUGUUCCCUUAUUCAUAGGCCUUUCAAUUGUGAUGGCUGUCAAUGUUGGGUUAGAAAGCGACCAAUAUAGGAUAAGUGAAUAUAUGCUUGUCACAUUCUGAGUUGCUCAUAGCCAAAUGAUUCUUAUUCCCAAUAAAUGGCUGCACUCAUGAAUUGCUUUUGCAAUCGCAAUGUUAUAUUUUGGCUAUGGAGUUUGGGUAACUUACGGGCUUACAACUCCAGACAUUAUUCUUUGAGUUAUUAUCUGAGUAUUCUGGUUUACUGUAUCCAGUUACUUCCUAUCUCUGAAGACCAGAAACCUAUACUCUGAAAUCCUCAAAAAUAAAAAAUUAAUUGAGGAGAUGAGAAAGAUUAUUCAGAUACUCCCAUUAGGUGUAGUGAUUUGGCCUUCCAAAGCAGGAGAACAACACUUUGUAAACCACGAAUUUUCAAACAAGUUUACUGGCAUCGACAAGAGUCUUGAAGAGCUGACUGCUAUUGAUUUGGAACUAGUUGACCACAACAACCAGGCCAUCGAGCAAGAGUUUAGAAAUGAUUUGGCAAAGUUUUUGAAGGCACAACAGAGACUUGUGAGAAAUAAACAUUGCGUUGUUGAGCAAAAUGCUGAGCUCAAAUGCUACUCAAAAGAAGACGAACUGAUUAUUGAAGAUAAUGACGACUCUCUAGAUAAUAAAAUUUGAAACAUAAAAACCCUCAUUAUUGAUUGGGAAGGAGUUCAAUCAUAUAUGCAUGUUUUCAUUGAUAAUACGAGCGUUAUUAGACUCGAAGAAAUUAAAAACCAAAUAAAAAUGGAUGAAGCCAACAAUAAUCUGAGGCUACAGAAGAUCAUGUUUGCGAGUGCAUCCCAUGAGUUUAGGACGCCUCUGAAUGCCAUUAUCAACUCGUUUGGAAUUGCGUUGAACUCUUUUUAAAACUAUUGACAACACUUGCAAACCUUAUUAUAAUGAAUUGGAUGACAGCAAAAAGGAAGAAGUUCAACUAAAUGUACAAACUUUGACAAAAUUCGUGAGGAUAGGAAAAAGCUCUUCUGUUUUGCUCAUGACAUUAAUAGAAGAUAUUCUGAAUUUAUCCAAAAUGGAGGCCGGCACCUUCUUUAUAAGCAAGGAAGAUUUCAGCCUCCCUGAGGUUCUGGAAGAAAUUCAGGAUAUUUUCAGCAUGCAAUGUGAGCAAAAGCGAAUUAAAUUUAUUUUAAGCCUAUCCAAAAAUGUUAGGAAGUUGGUAAUGUAUUCAGAUAAAGGCAGGCUCAAACAAAUACUAAUGAACCUGGUGUCUAACUCCAUGAAGUUCACUUUUGCUGGCUCUAUCACUAUUGAGUGUAAACUCGUCAGACAAGACAGAAGAGAGUUUGCUCAGUUUUGUGUCAUAGAUACUGGGGUUGGCAUCAAGAAGAAGGAUCAGGGCAAGCUGUUUAAACUCUUCAGCAUGAUCUCGAAGACCAAAUCUAUGAACAAAAACGGUACUGGAAUCGGAUUGACAGUUAGCAAAAAGUAUGUAGAAGCUCUCGGUGGAGACAUUAGUUUGGAAUCAGCUCCAGGAGUGGGAACCAGCAUUACAUUUAAAAUCCCAAUAAGCGAAGAGCCAAAUAAAGAACAUUUGUUAAAGUCAGAUAGAUCGGUUUGAAGCUAUUUCGAGAGCGAAUUUGAGAUUUGAGACGAAGGCCACCACAAUCAGAAUCUUUCCUUCAACCCUGAGAUGUGCUCAAAAGGAAAAUUCAUGAACCUAUAAAUAGUAGUUUCUGGAUGAUUACAAGUUAGCUAAAACAAGAGGGUUCCAUAAUGAGUAAAUAAUUUUUGUUAUAACAUUAUUUGAUAUUU